UCUCGCCAGUCUGCUUGUAACUGAUCGUGAAGACCUUAUCCAUUUAAAUUGUGCUUAUUUUUAUUUAAUAUAUGUAUUAAUCUUGUAUUUAUUAUCUUUUAUUGUAUAAAAUGGAGGAUAUUAAUUCUGUCUUCAGUUCAUUAUUUAGUAAGAGGAAAUUGGAGCGUGAUCAAGGCGUAAAGCAAUUAAGUGAAUAUUUAAAUAACACUAAUGCUCACAAUGUACACAUUAUAGAAGAAUUGUUACUUAAACCUUUUAAAAUCACUGAAAGUGAAUGGGAAUCGAGACAUGGUGCCCUUUUGGGUGCCAAAGCACUUAUCAUGCGACUAAAAGAGCUGAACGUAGACAAUAAAUCUGAAAUCUUUUUGGAAGAUGUGUAUAAAUACUGCUUAGAAUAUUUGACAGAUACUGAAGUCAGAAUUCGAUUAGCUGCAGGGGAAACUCUUGGAAGUCUGUGUUAUUUAAAAGGUCCAGAAGUCUAUGGUCACUGUAAUGGUUAUGUAUUACAGCUCAUCAAAGAUAAUUUAGAGCGAGAUUCAAUGGAAACUAGCUCUGUCUUUGCUUCUGAUUCUGGAGAUGAGCAGUCAAGCCCUGAGCCGAAAGGCCGUGUUAGAGUAAUGAUAAAUUUUGAGUUCUUUUCUUUUGCUACUGGGUCUGAA